CGUAUGGAUGCCUCCGAGGUUUUCCAAACAAUCGUAGCCGAAUAAAAAUGUUUCAACGAGAAUCAACAAACGUAAUAUUCGGUACUGGCUAAAUAACCUAACUUUUGGGAUCGAGAUGGCAUAUAAGAUACUCUCAAGGCCCGAAGUAUUGGCGUAUCUUCUUCCACCAGCGUAUAGCUUGGACUUCCCAGCAUGCAUACCUCUCACCUUGGACUUUCAACUCAGAUGGCUAAUGAGCAAAUCCUUGGUCCUGGUAACCUAGAAUUCUUCACGGUUUUGCUUCCCGGAUUCUCCGAGAAACUUUCAUUGCCUCAUAAAUUCAUCCGCAACAUCAACACAAAAAAGUGUGAAAGAGCAGUCCUAAGGAGUCCUCUAGGCAAUCUAUGGCAUGUGAAAGUUCAAGGCGAUAGUGAAAACUUAUACUUUGGAGAGGGUUGGCAAGAAUUUGCUCGAGCCCAUCAAUUAAAUGUGGGAUUCUUUUUGGUGUUUGAUUAUGAAGGUGAUAUGGCUUUUAAUGUCACGGUUUUUGAUCUGAGCAUGUGCAUGAAAGAGUACACUCCUGUUAAUAAUAGCGAAUCCAAUUCCAAAAAUCAUGCCAAUGAUCUUAUCUCUGCCAAUGUUUUGAAGAAUAUGCUGCAGAAAUCCAUGAAAAGAAAUAGGAGGGCAGUCAUAGCAUUUGAGAAUAAGCACAAGAUGUCUGAAAUGAAUAGUUUUUGUGCAUCAGGGCCACAUUUUAAGGCCACCAUAAAGCCUUCAAACCUUCUCUGGAAACCUUACUUGAAUCUUCCAUAUAAAUUUCGAACUUCCAGCAACAUCUCUAAGAAAGACAAAAUAAUCCUCAGAGAUCCGAAAGGGCAGUUGUGGCCCAUAAGAAUAUAUUAUUCAAGUGACAAUGCCUUGUGUCGCCGUGCACAAUUUGGUGCUGGCUGGGAGAAGUUUUGCAUCAACAACAAUUUGGAAGAAGGUGGCACAUGCAUUUUCAAGCUUGUAUCCAAGAGUAGUAAUGACAUAUUGCAUGUCAGUAUUUUCAAGAAAAAAUGCAGAAAACAAUGGGAACCUCAAGCAAGAGUUGGUUAUUCACUACCCGAAAGGCUAUAUCUUUGCAUUGCGAAAAACAUAUAGUAAGAUCUCUCUGUUGAAAAAUGAGAUAUUUGGGACCUUGUAUUUAUGUCCAUUAAAAUUUAAAUCCUAAGGCUCUUUAUGUAAUGUUGGAUGAUACUUCUCCCAUAACA